AUGGCCGACCAUCAAGUUAAUCCUCCUUCUGGAGAAGAAGUGCGUGAUCCCAGCUCCAGUGCGGAUAAAGCAGUAGUACAAAUGCGAACCCAAACGUCGACUGCGAGUGACCUGGUACAAAGUGAAAUGCGCAAUAGCCCCACCGAAGAUCAAUCUUGUGGUUUUGGAGAUAGACAGAUGCAACAAGCGCUGCAAGCGUCGGAAGAAUCUGUCGAUUCUACGCCAGGAUCAAUGAAAGAUCCAAUUACAAUGUCGGAUCAUACACUGAAAGAAGUGGGGCAGAACCCAGCUCCGCAGAUAUCGGUGAAACCUGCCCCACUUCAAACAGGGCGUAAGAAAGGGCUGAAAGCUGGGUUAAAACUGGAUCUCGGGAGUUCGUCGCGGUUCAAUCGAAAAAACAAGUAUGUGCUAGCGUUGUUGUUUUAA